CAAACCCCUCCAUGGGAACCGAGCGCGGAGUCUUACGCCAUGCCGGGAAGCCAUGUCACGAUGGCAGCUCCAAGGAGCCGCUCCCGAAGUCCAAGGCCAGACAGCUGCUUCGAGAUGAAUGCGAGGUGGUGGAGUCAGCCUGGAAGCAAGAAGGAGGCCAAUGCCUUGUCGGACUACGACCGGGACGACAUCCUCAAGGAGAAUCCCUUGGCGCAAGGACACCUGGUGGCACUGAACCAGCAUGUCAUCACCUGUGACAGUCAGGAUUCCAAGACCCAGGAUCCAAUGGCUCUCUCCGAUGAGUGGUAUGUGCAAACUGCCCAAAGGCGGCCCAACUUCCAGAAGGAGCUGAAGAGACACCAGAAGCGAGGGUCUAAAGUUCUGUUGCUCCAGCGAGCCUAUGUGGAGAUGUUGUGCAGAAGUGUGGAGCAAGCUAAACUGAUCAUCGAAAGCGUUGACGAGUUGUGCUUCUUCCUUCUCACCAAGCGAGAUGCCAGCCAGGAGUGCUCUAGCAUCUUCGAUGAGCUUAACACGAGCGCUCUGCCAUUGACUGCACUGAUCUUCCCUGACCGCAAGAUCGGGCAAGCGCCUUUGUUCUUCGUGGUGACCAACAUGUUUCGCGGAUGCGGGCGUGAGGACAUUGAAGACCUUCAUUGCAGGACUGCCGGGGUGCUUUGGUCUCAACAAAUCACGAAAGGUAGCUUCAGCUACCUGAGUUCAUCCUCCCACAGGCCAUUCUGGGAACUCUCUGCUAGGGGAACUCUCUGCUUUUCUGCUUUGGUGCUGCUGCCGCUGCUGCUGCUCUUCAAAUCCCACGGAUCUCUCUCUCUCUUCUCUCUCUUCUCUCACCUCUUUGAAAGUUGCACUUAGUGACCUACCUUUCGUCCACCCGCUCCCAAUGAUGGCUAAUGGCUCAUGUUUGUUAUUGUGUAUUUAUUGUUCAUCCAGCUGCGAUGUUGGGAUAUGUUGGGAUACCCUUUUGUGUGAGCCAAACCCAGCCACAGAGUUGCCGAACAAUCUGCGUAACAGAGAGCAGACAUUUACAUAAUUUACAUAUAAUAUAUAAAAUGAUCAUAUGGUAAGUUGUCGUCAGAUAUAGUGAUUGUCCAUUGACUGCUGCUGCUUGCCCUUCAAUGAUCAGUGCAUACGUUCGCUCGAUCUCGCGAUGUUCGCUGAAAAGCCCGUGUGUCGAUGCGCAGGCUGGAGGAAAGC